GCACUGACUGCGCUGCAGCUUCGAUAUGCGGACGGGAUAGAUGGGAUGCUUUGAGAACAAUUGCAAUUACUGACUAUCAUUAUCCGUUAUUUUGACCAGCGUUGCGAAGAUGCCUUUGCAAAUGGGAGCACACCUGCAGAUUGUGCUGGCCGUGGGCUCGGCCGUCAUCUGCUUUUUCCUGGUGCUCGGCUGCUUCCUCUGCUGGCGUCGCCGCAAGUCCCGUCUCCACGGCGACAAAGAGGCAGCCCUGUCGCUCCCGGCCCUGACCUCUGACCCCGCCGUGGUGACCCCGAGCCCCUGGCCCUCGAUCGGCGUGCUCCCUGUGCGUCAGCAGUAUGAGGAGCUGGAGGGGGACGUGCUGGAGUUCCCCUCCCUGUUCCCGUCCCCGUCCCCCUCCGCCUCCGCCACCAGCACCUCCUCUCCCUCCGAGGAUGGGCUCUCGGCUCUGGGUCUGGCCCCGCGGCCUCGCUCCUCCUCCGACCUGCAGGAGUCCACGUCCUCCCUGGCCCGCGCCUCCUGCUUCCCCCUGCGCCGCCUCAGCUCCCCGGCCGCCCCCUGCUCCCCUCUCCGCUCCCCCCCUCCUCCUCCUCCUCCUCCGUCUCCCACGGCCGCGCCUCCCUGCCCUCCAUCCCCAGACUGGGCCUCGUGUCCCGCACCAAACGGGCCCUGGAGCGCCGCUGCUCGGUGGCCGCCGACGGCACCCUCCCCUCCAGCGAGAGCAGCCGGCUGACCUGCCCUGCACCAC